CAAAACCUUCUCUCCCUUCGAAUUUCCCCAUGGCGCUAAUUUAAACCCCAAACCAAAACCCACUCACUCAAUUCCCAAACCAAACUCAACAUUUCGGCAUCACAAUCCAAGCCAGAGUUAGAGACGAGAGUUCGAAUUGCAAACGAUUCAAGAAAUUAGGGUUUCUAAUGGCGUCCGCAAAUCCCAGAGACGGCGACUUGCAGAUGGUGCCGCGGCCGCCGCGCGAGAGGAAGCUAAUGCAACCGCCAAGGGCUCCGUCACCGCCGGCUUCGACUGAGAUCGUGGAGUACAAGCCGCCGGUGUUCAAGGAGGAGGAAGAGGAUAUCGAAAUCAAGCUCCGGCGGAUUCUCGAGAACGUCCCCGUCCGCGUCAGCAACACUUCCGGUAGUUCCGCCGGUUCCGGCUCCGGUGACUUUCAUCAGUAUCGGCAAAUGAGACGAAGAGAGCAAGACAGGCUUGCUAGGAUGGAGGUUGACUAUCAGAAAAGGAAAGAAGAGGCAGAGUUCAAUAUGAGACGGGAGGAAAGAUUGAAAGCAGCCGAAGAGCGGACCGCAAAGAAGCGUUUGAAACGUCAAAAGAAGAAGCAGAAGAAGAAGGAGAAGAGAAUGAAAACAAGUUCAGGUGGCGAAGAGACCAAUCAGAAAGAGGAAUCCUCCGACGAUGACAAGAACUCUGAUGGUGAUGCUACAGACUGAACAAGAUUGAGCCAAACGGUAGGUUUUGAUGCAUUGGCUCAAGUGCAAAGUAGACAAGUAAUCAUUUUUUCUGAGUGUAGAGUGGCAACUGUUGGCAACCAAAGAUGGACUUGUGUAAAAUCUGCAUGGAUCAGAAAUAUGGACAUUUGAAUCUUUUAGUGAACUGGGUUUAUAUUUUGCUAGCAAUUCCAUCAAAAGUUGCCAUACUUGCAUCUCU